UGAAGGGCAUGCACAAAUGCAGUUGGAAUUGGCUGAACAUGAAAUGGAACAUUUAUCAACGAAAUUAGAACGUUUAGAAAAGAAAAAUAUUCAUCUUUCAAAAAAAAUUAUGGAAAUGGAAUUAGAUUCAAAGAAAACUUCAGAGAAUGGAGAAAUUAUUAAAGGGCGAGCAAAACAAUUUGAAGUACCAGCGGAAAUGCAACGUGAUAUUGGCAAGUUAAUGAUAACAAUUAGUGAAUUAGAACGUAAAAAUUUAGACUUAUCAUUGCAACUAAAACAGCAAAGCGAAUUCAAUUCAUCAGUACCAUCAGAAAAAUCUCAAACUGAAUUACGAAUAGAAAAGGAGCAUAAGAAAAUUAUUGAAAAUGAAUUGAUGGAACUAAAACGGAUGAUGCUUCAAUCAGAUAAUCAAAAAUUGAUUUCUAUGGCUACAAAGGUUGAAUUACUGAACAAUCAACUUCUAUUAGUGAAUGAUCGUUGUGCAAACCUUCAUCGAAGAAUUGUAAAAGAAGGUGGGAGUGAAACCGCAUAUAUAGAUUCAUUGAAGAAUAAAUGUGAGGAAUUGGAAAGGCAAUUAAGUGAACAGAAAGCGAAAAAUGCAAUCAAUUGCUCCCAGAUUGAUAGCGUUACCACGGAUGAGAUUGAACAAUGCUGUGAAGUGCUUGCAUCUGUGGAAGCACAAACAAAUCGAAUUUGCAAGCAAAUUGAAAAAAUUGAUAGUGCUCAAAAGGAUGAACGGCGGCGUUCGUUAUCGAAGGACAACAGCGCAACAAUCAUUGCUGAAUUAGCAAGUGUGAUGUCCGAAUUAAAUAACGUCCAUCAAUUACUUGAAGCACACAAAGUUAAUAUAGUAAGUGUCGCUCGAGGUUCGCCAGCAAAAAGUACAUCGAAUGUAAAUUCAGAAUUAAAAUUAUGCAAUAAAUGCAAAGAAAAUGAAACAUUUAUUGCAUCACAAAAAGAUGAAAUCAUAUUCUACAAGAAGAAAAAUAAGGAGCUCACUAAUCAGGUAUUACAAACAGAAGAUCGUUGGACUGCUGAAAUUGAAAAGCAACGACAAAGCUACGAAAAUGAGGUUCGUAUUUUACAUACAAAAUUGAAUGAUGCACAAAAGAAUGUGAUAGAGCAGGAGCAUUUAUUGGAAUCACGAGCUGUUGCACUGGCAGAAAAGGUUCGGAUGAUACAGGAACGAGAUGAGAAAUGUGAUAAAUUAAAAAAAGAAUUAACUGUUGUAAAAAAAGAAAUCCAGGAUAUUGAAGCGAAUCGUAAAUCUGCUAAAGAGUUUGAAAUUAAAUAUAAAAAAUUAGAAUCGAUGUUCACUUUGGAAAAGGAGAAAUUGGCUGAGGAAAAGACAAAGUCCAAAUUAGAAGUAUCAUUGUUAAAGAAGAAAUCUGAGGAAGCACUAAUUGAUCUUGAGAAAUUACGCAACAGUUACGUGAAAAAGGAAAAAGCAUGGGAGGAAAAACGUGAUAUGCUCGAAAAUGAAUUAUCAUAUUUGAGGAAACAGCUUAAUAAGGAAACUAUAAAUAAUAGCACAGAUGGAACAACGACUGUUUCGGAUCUCAGUUCACCUAUUCCCGUCAUACAUCAAUCAACAACAUCAACGGUAUCACCAGUGAUAACAAACUAUAAAAAUGAUGAUAUUGUAGAUCUGAAAGAUCAAAUUGCAACUCUGCAAAACAAGAAUAAAGAAUUGACGAAUCAAGUCUCAGAUGCAAAACGUGAUAAUGAAGAUUUACGUAUGGAGAUUGCCACUUUGCAACAAAAAUGGACAAAGGAUAAGAAUGAUUUAUUACACAAAGCGAGACAGGAAGAAAAAAUUCGCAAUGUUGAGUUCGAUGCAUUACAGCAAAAAUUUGCAAGCCGAAUGCGAAUAAUGGAAGAUACGAAUAAAUCGUUGCAUUCACAGUUAGUACAAGCUCGACGUGAACGUGAUUAUCAUCGUGAAGCAUUGCAUACAUUUGAAAGUAAAGUAUCGGAGGAACAACGCCGCGGAGAAAAAGACAUAAGGCAGAAUAAGGAAUUAGAGCGGAGAAGCUCCGAUAUGAUCAAAGAGAUAGAAGAUUUGAAGGAGGAAGUGAUUAAAUUGAAUACUGAUUUGAAAUUGUCAAAAGAGAUUCAUGAAGCUGAUCGUGCCUUAUGGAAUAUUGAAAAAUCUCACAUCAAGCCAAAGAAGGCUACAAUUUCGGCUGAUAAUGGUACAGACAGUAAAACUGAAAGUGCUUUAAAAACUGCCGAAAUAGCUCAAAAGAAAUAUGCAGAAUAUCAAGAUUUUUAUGCGAAAGAAGUGGAAAAGUUAAAUUCAAAACUGAAAGGACUGCUAAAUGAAAAUCUCGUCAAACAGCAAGAAUCCGAAAGAACUCUAAAAAAUCUACGUGAACAGAUCAAAGUACUGGAAAUUAGUCAACGAAAUUUGAUGGAAGCUCGCGAUAUGCAAUUGGGUGCAAAAGAAUUUUUAGAAAAUGAGCUUGAAAGAUUACAAGAAAUAAUGAAUGUAAACGAAGUUCAUCGAUUAACAAGAAAGUACAAAUUAUCAUUAAUCAUUGAACAGCUACAAAUACUAAUCGAGUCAUUAACCAAAUCAUCAAUUAUUGGAAAAGAUUCAUUGGAUAGUUUAAAAGCUUUUGUUUCUCAAUUGAAACAAAUGAAAGAGGACGAAAAUCAUCAAUCAAUUACGAUUAGCAAUGAAAAAAAACAAAACAAACCUAACGAACGUGUUAAAACGAUUGGAAGUGAAUCUGAUACGACAUCACACGUACGAUCUAAUGCAACUUUACAAUCAUCAACUCCAACUCGUUUCUACUCCUAUAGUACCCUCCCAACAUCAUCAUAUAAGUUAUCAGCAACAGUGAAAAAUCUGAGUGAAAGUAACUCGGCCAUUGAAAUUCGAGAAAUGGGAGCAAUUACUAAUGGAACACAAUCAUCAACUAAGAAAAUUUCACCAUUUCCAGAUCCACCACCUACUCUUAUCCUUAACAAGGAAAUGGCGGUAGAAUAUGAUAAAGACGGCCGACUUCAUUACAUUCCUAAAAGUAUUUCACGUUCCACGUCACGUGAUCGGCGUGAUGAUAACUCUGAUCCGAAUGAUGGCGAAGAUUCAUCAACCGGACAACUGCAUUUCAGAACAAAUAGUACCGGAACGAAUAUUUUAUAUGACAUUCGUCGACUUGAGUUAGCUUGCGGUACCCAACCAUCAGUACGUUUAAUGGCAAAAGCAUUUGAAACAAUGGAAGAAGCAAAGGCAUCAAAAACACUUUCAAAUUCAAAACGAUCAUUGUUUGGUAUACGCAAAUCACGUUCCGUUGAAACAACUGAAGUAGGAAAAGGCAUUGGAAGUGCUACCAAAAGUGUAUUAACACCUUUAACAUCAUCACCAGUAGCAAUAACUGUACUUGGCCGAAAUACAUCACUCAGUCAUAUUGAAGAAUUAAUGGGUAGUCAAUCACCGUUCGGAAAUGUAUCUCGCGGAAGCCGAAAUCCAUUUAGAAUUAUGAAAACGAAGUUAGUUGAACGUGUACGACGAAGUUUGAGUAGAUCGAGCUCAAAGAGACACAGGGAUGGUUCGACAGAAAGUAGUCAAAGUAUUAAGCAUAGGAAUGAAAGCAUUACGCUAGUUGAUCAGAAAGAUGAAAUGGUUGAAAAAUUUGGCGAAACAAAGAAAUCUCAUACAUCACCGUCGUCUACUAAGAAAACGAUAAGUAAAACUCGAGUGAAGAAAAAAGUAAAGAAAACAGCAACAAUCAGUCAGCAGCCAAAAUAG